AUGCUAUCAUCGAACCAACAAACAGUAUCGGCACCUGGUCCAAUUGGUGACACUCGAGGCGCCCCAAAGGCACUUGAGGUGUUUACCAUUGGCACCGGUGACCUUUCCGCACCUCUCCAAGCCGCACAGUUGUUACAGUGUUCAGGAGCUGAUCCAAUCCUUUGGACUGGCACUGAACUAACGCGUUCAACUUCGGCUGGGAGUUUUCGUCUAUAUAAAGACGCAAGUGGUAAUUUUGGUAUUUGGGUGCCGAACUCGCAGGCUUUCUACUCGAACGGUAUCCCGCCAAAUAUUCUUGCUCCGGAUACCUCAUCUGGACAGGCAUUUGGUGGGUCCCGUCGAGAUGGAACCGAGCCGGUUCGACGCAACCAGGGAUACCGUCGCGGAUCUGACUAUCGACGUGCCGACAGAGUCCUUAAUAACUCGGGUCAGCAACGUCGACAGAUCAGAGCUGCGCCGUAUGACCGGCCAGUCGAAUGUAAAAUUACCACCGAUCAUAAUCGGCAACAACACCAUUAUUCGGUCGUCGCACAGAAACGAUGCGAUAAGAACGACGACCCGGCGAGUCUGUCACGACCGACAGCCGGCAGCCGUUACACGACCGAUACAAGACGAGGGAGGGAGCAGAGCUCAACGACCGCUACCCCACAACAGUCAGUCUCUUCUGUUCCAUCGACGUCAAAACGUGUGCGUCCGACGAGCUCUUCAACAGCAGUCACGCCCGUUGACGACCAAACACCAGGCCGAACUCCUCAAAACGGAGAUAACCGAUAUGGAAAAUCUGGCAGACGACUUGAAACGUCUAGGCAAAAACGAACCGCCUCAACAGCUUGCCAAUAG